AUAGUGAGAGAUGAAAGCCCCCAAUCAACAAAAGCUUUUUGUGCUAAAAGAUGGAUGUGCAUUUUUCGACUGAAAUGGAAAAUGUGGGGAUCCUUGCCCAAACAUGGUUCCUUUACUCCCAGGAGAGGAAGUGUGAUUUAAAGUGUGACUGCUUCGGUGCCCUCAUAGUCUUUUAGUCACAAAGAGUAAGGAUCCGGUAUUAGAUCGUUCUUCAAUCGAAUCAUUCAAUCGAAUUGAAUAGAUUGAAUCAUUCGAAUCGAAGAGAACUAGGACCAAUCAGAUUGCUCGAGCCGGGCGGGAACCGUAACACUGGAUGUGAACAGUAGUGACUCAACAAAACAAGUGACUCAAUCUGGUCCAAGGAAUUGGAUCUGGCUCCUCAUCAACUCAUCUCAUUCUCACACGUUUCUAUCCACAGCACAAUAGAAUUGAAAGCAAGAUGCCGAAGGUCAGCAAGGUUGGUAAAUUCCGCAAGACGGCUGCUGCCGCGGCAGCCUCCAUGGAGGUGGACAUGAAGGAAACGAAACGCAAGGAACAAGACGAAAGUAUGGAUACCAGUGACGACAAGAACAAGACACGACCACGUCGCCAAGUGGAACGAUCCAAGAGCUUUACCCAGAUCAUGCAGCAACAAUCCAAGAAAUCUCACAACAUCAAGGAAAAGGAAACAACUAGUACAACUAAUGAUGAAGUAUCCGAGGGUACAGAAAAGUCAGCAGCAGCAACCAAGGACAACAAAGACAAUACUACAGCACUCAGUCGAGGCCAACGGAGACGUCUCGCCAAACGAGAACAAUAUCUGAAACGAGAACGAAUGAUUCUCUCAUCCCUCAAAUUAAAAGAGGAAGAUCAACAAAAGAAACGGAUCGAUGGUCUGGAUGCUCUCAAGCAAGCUUUGAUGGAAACUGUCCGUGAAAAACCUGUCAGCACAGACAAGCCACCAGCAGACAAGCCAGAACAAUCCGCCAUCACCACCAACAAGGCCAAGCGCAACAUUGUGGCAUCGGAAUUGCAUCACAUGGGAUUGGUGUUGCAACAUCCCGCCUUUCAAGAAAAUCCAUUUGCAGCCUUGCAGCUGCAUCUCAAAAAUACACUCCAAUCACAGGGAGAAGAACAAGCGAAACAGGGCGAAGCAAAAAUCCAACAACGAGAUGCCGCCAAGGUGCAACGCAAGCAACAACGAAAAGAGCGAUUGAAGGAAACAAAUUCCAAAAAGAAACAUCAUUCCAAGUUCAAAGCUACGCGAUCCAGAUCAUCCAAGAGAUAGCAAAUUUUGUGUUGGGCGGUAACGAGAAUUCAUUGCACUCACUAUUUUAGUGCCAGCUCUUGACAAUCCAUCCUGGAAAAAUUGCACAUACCGUAACUAGUAGAGGACAGUAAUUCAUAGCUAUGAAUCUUUUCGGGUCAUAUGGGAAGCAUUCUUCCUGGUGAUAAUGUUCUGGCUGGCCCCUCGCUGAAUCGAAUCGAAUCGAAUCGAUUUGGCAAUCACCGUCAUACCGUAUAACAGCCAGUUCAUGCACUUGACGUUGCAGAUAGCUUGAUUCUGUACGGUAGUAGAAAACCAACCAGCCACCUGAUUCCCAACAUUACCUAAAGCCAUCAUGCAGAGGGGAGCUCAACUCAGCAUUGAGAAUGUCGCUACUUGACCGCAGCCACGGC